AGCUCUCCGGUGCCCGGGGGCAGCGGCGGCAGGCGGAACCCAAGCGCGGCUGCCCGUUCCCCGCCGGCCCGGUGCGCUGCUGCGCAGUUCCCCUCCCGGCGUGGCCGCCAGCGCCCACCCACCCCGGCCCCGGCUCGCCUCAGAGCCGCUCCCUCCGCCCCGCCGAGCCCCGCAUGGCGAAGCAGAGCCCCGGCGAGCCCCAGCCCCGCGAGAAGGGCAAGAAGAGGAGGAGGAGGAAGAAGAAGAAGAAGGGCAAGGCCGGGCAUGGCGGCGGGGAGGCGGCGCAGAAAGGCCCCGGCCUGGCGGCAGCUCCCCCCCGCAGCCCAGGGGAGUUCUCCUCCAACUGGAAGGCGCUGCAGGAGCUGCUGAAACAGCAGAGAAAUAGCUCCAAUGAGUCCCUCUCUGCAUGUCAAACAGACACCAAAAAGAAGCAUCCAGUCAAAGCUGGGACCAGCCACGAAGGCUCAGCUGUCAAUGGGAAGGUGAAGGCCAAAUCCUCACCUAAAGUGGACCAUGGUUCUGCUAAGGAAAAACCUCCUCUGGCUAAGGCAGAACCCAAGGAGGUUGCAGCUGAGAGGAUUUUAAAUGGUACCAAAAGCAGUGGGAAAGGCUGCAAAGAGAAUAAGAGAAAUGGCAACACUGGAGAGAAGAAAAAGGAAAAUGGCAACACUGUAAAGGAGGGAAAGAAAAAUGGUCAAGCUGCCAAGGAGAAGGAAAAAAGGCAGAAUGCCAACACUGUCAGGGAGAAAGAGGAUGUAAAACACAAGAGGAGGAAAGCUGAAGAAGCUGUGGAGCAGCCCCCCAAAGAGCCUGAAAUCUGGUUUGAUGACGUCGAUCCCAAAGACAUUGAAGCAGCAAUAGGACCUGAAGCAGCCAAAGUUGCUAGGAGAAACCUAGGGCUGGAAACAGACCAAUCCAAACUGUCUGUGGAGCAAGUGCUGGUGAAAGAAAAGGCUUUUGAAGGGCUGACACAAGCUGUAGCCAUGGACUGUGAGAUGGUGGGAGUGGGGCCCAAGGGGGAAGACAGCAUCGUGGCUCGAGUGUCCAUCGUCAACCAGUUUGGGAAGUGCAUUUAUGACAAGUAUGUGAAGCCCACAGAGGAGGUGACAGACUACAGGACAGCUGUCAGUGGCAUACGCCCUCAGAACAUAAAAUCAGGGGAAGACUUCAAAACAGUUCAGAAGGAGGUUGCCAACAUCUUGAAUGGAAGGAUUUUAGUGGGACACUCCUUACGCAAUGAUCUAAAGGUCCUCUUCCUUGAUCACCCCCAGAAGAAGAUCCGUGACACACAGAGGUACAAACCUUUCAAAGAAAGGGUCAAGAGUUCCAGGCCAUCGCUGAAGCUGCUCUGUGAGAAGCUGCUGAACGUUCGUGUGCAGACGUCAGAGCACUGCUCGAUUCAGGAUGCACAAGCAGCUAUGAGACUCUACACCUUGGAGAAAAAGAAAUGGGAAGCUGCUAUCAAGAACAAACCUAACAACAAGAAACCUAAAACCUGAAUGCUUUUUAUCUGCAGCAUUUGCUGGUUUCCUGCCACAUUCUAGGGCACAUUUAGAGAUAACCAAGAACUAACAGCAGCUGCUUGAUAAAAUCAGUCAAGAUAAUGCUUCUGACCUGCUAAGUGAAUGCUGCCAGUGUCCCCUCUCUGAAUGGGACCCACAACCCAAUGCCUGCUACUGUGUUUAAACAACAUUUGUAACAAAAACCUGCACAUGUGAAGUGCUUCAGUUUGGUUUCUGCAAAGGAAAUGGACUGGGAAAGGGUUGUUUAAAAAAACACAGUAGAUGAAAGGGGAAAAAAAAACCUGCCAGGACUCAAAUCUUGAAAGUAUAAAGUCUCAAAGUAAGGCAAACUCCUCAUUAUUGCUGUUAAUCUCUGUCGUGGUACCCAAACCCUCCCAGUUUAGAGCUGUUUAUCCAUUACUAAUGGCCCAGUGUGAAAGUUUCUGAAGAGAAAAAGCUUUUGCCAACCUAUUUGGAGGAUCCAAACUUCUCUGUCUGAACCAGAAGUGGACAAGUCCUGUUCUUGUACAAAAAGGUUUUCAUUUAUACUUCUGCAGUUUCAAGAGUGUUGCAUCCACAAGGCUCCUUAUCUCCUGGAGAGAAACAGGAGAUUUGUCCAGCCCAGAACUGGGUUUGCUCCACUUGUUUUUAUAUUCCUCUAUUAAUAAAAACAGUGUCUAAAAAAAGUC